GUUUCUUAAAAACCUUCGGAGUGCCUAAAACUCUUAACGUCUGCUACCGUUGCGUUCGUUACAAUCACAGCCGCCAAGAAAUGGAGGAAACGGUAGUGAUGAACGAGGAGACUGGGGAGGCGUGGCGAAUCGUUAACAUCCCCGGCAAACCUCCGAUUCCUACCGAUCAACAACCCACCGUGAAUGUGUAUGCAUCAAUGAUUGAGCCGAACCUUGCCAACACUCUCAUCAGAUUCUUAUUUGAUAGGCGCCUGAAUCAAAUAGCUCCAUUGGAGAAUUUACGACAUGUGAAGCGGAUUCGAAAGAAAGCUGUUGAAGGGGGGAAAUCUCAGCUGUCGGCAAUCUUAUGCCUUGCUUGUGAAGAUGAGAAUCAGUGGAACUGUGUUCCAGAAAAUGUACAGGAGCUAGUCAACUCCUACCAGUUGAGUCCUUUUAUAACACAAGUUUGUAAGUAUGCUGCAUCAUCAAAAGAAGAGUGGGAAGGACAAUGCAAGCUCUGGCCAACAUCAUAUCAUCCGCCUACCUACAAUAUUAAUGGCGUCAUGGGAUUUAGUGAAGAGGAUUCACAAUCAGUUUUCAGCUUCAUGAAAUUCGCUAUUGAGUUAGCAAAAUCCAGUGAAGAAAGGUUAGUCAAUGCUGCAGUUAUCGUGGACCCUUCCAAUAGGCAGAUUAUUGCAUCUGCCUGUGAUCAAAUCAACUCUUGGCUUCCCCCAGAAAGCAAUGCCAGCAUGAGUAACGGCUGUAUUGAACAAGCAGAAUCUCUGUGUUCUCAUCCCAAGUCCUCUCAAGUAGCAACCAAUGUAUUCCCACUUUCAAAUGGUUCAUCUGAUAAAUUCAGAAAAUUAUAUACUAAUGUUUCUUGUUUGAAUCCUUGGCGGUCGUCUGAGCAACGACCAAGGACAAGUUCAUGUUAUUGGCAUCCUCUGCGGCAUGCUGCUAUUGUUGCUAUUGAAGUUUCUGCUGCCAUGGAUAGACACCUAUUUCCUGCUCUUGGACACAUUGGAGAUGAGUGUUACGAUGUGGAAGAUAUGCAAUCUUCUUUCAUAACUUCUCCAGCAAAAAGACCAAAGACCAACCUUACAAAUGUUGAGAAAGAAGACAAACAGGUUUUGCACACCAAGGAUUCUUGUUCUAUAUCAGAGAGACCUUAUCUAUGUACUGGUUAUGACAUCUUCCUUGUUUGGGAGCCAUGUACAAUGUGUGCGAUGGCCCUUGUUCAUCAAAGGAUCAGGCGCAUAUUUUAUGCUUUUCCAAAUCCCAAGGCUGGUGCAUUAGGCAGUGUUCACAGGCUACAGGGGGAGAAAAGCUUAAAUCAUCAUUAUGCUGUGUUCAGGGUUUUGUUGCCUUAUGAACUCCCAACUAAAGGCGAAACUCUAGCUGAAAUAGCUGAUAAAGACAAAAGAGCAAAUGCCCUGCAGUUCCAUUAGAAAACUAGCAUUUUAAUGAGUAAAAUGAUCACAUAGCUUUUGAGUUAAUAGUUAUCGGCAAGAACCACCUUUGAAAUUGGAAAGGUUAUUUCACAAGAUGUCUUCAAGGGCUGCGUCGAACCUCAGGAAACUGCAGCCCAUCUAUAAUAUUGCUGCUGCUUUUUUCCUAUGUAAUCUAAAGUUAAAUUGUGAUUCUUUGAUACCAGCAAAUAUAAUGUUGUGAUUGUUUAUUGCCAAUUCUCCUUUGAGUUUGUAGCAACAGUCCCCUUAUAGUAAAUUUAAUUACAGUUGCAGUUCGA